CGUCUUUAUAUAAGGUCGUCUUGACCUGUCGCCGUGGAUCAUCAAGUCGUCGAGCAGGGGGAGCCGGCGUAGUGAAUAUACACACGUGAACCCAACCCAUUUCCCACUGCCGAUGCCGAUAGAAAUGCAGUCCAGCUCCUGCCCAAGCAAGCAAGCACCAAACCAAAGCAGCGCGCCGGAGGGGAGUCGGGGAGGAGCAGGGGGGAGUCAGGUCCAUGGACCUGCCAGCGAAACGGGGCUGGCUUCCGCCGCUCAGAUCGACGGGUCCCGCGCUGGAGGCAGGGGGCGGAGCGGUAGAGGAGCCGGGGCCUCGGAGCAGGAGGCCGACCCUCGGGGCUCUGCUUCAAGCCAGGGUUUCAAUCGACCUCGGAAUCCACAAGCUCGACAUCGAUGGAGAUGAGGACAUAAUCAGCGCGCUCCCCGACGACGUCCUCCUAGAAAUCCUAGAGCGCCUCGACGACAUGCGCGAGGCGGUCCGCGCCGGCGCACUCUCCACGCGGUGGCGGCACCUCCCCCACCGGCUCUCGCACCUGGUCCUCGACAUCAUGCACUUCGGCUUAGGCACUUCGACUUCGAGGGCCGACCUCGGGGGAAGUUCUUCGGCGGUCGAGGCCAUGCAGGCGUACACACGCGCGCUGUACAGGUCACUGUCUCCGUGUCCUCCUCCGGCUGGCUGCAAGCGCGCUAUCAAGACCCUCAUCCUACGUUUCUUACCUGUGACGGACCUGACCUCCAUAGGCCACGCCGUGGAGGACGUUGUCAGCCACGGUGAGACUGAGUUUCUUGGAUUUUACAUCUACUCGCCAGACCGUUAUGGUCGGGAGGGGAUCAUGUCCUUCUCCACCACCUGCCCAGUUGCCUUUCGGUGGCUCACCAAGCUUACGUUCCUUAACCUUUCGUUGGUCAAUUCUGACAUCAACAAGCUCAUUACUGAUUGCGGUAGGCUCAGAAUCCUCACCCUGCUUUCCUGCCAUUUUCCGGGCUUUGAGCUCAAGAUCGACGCGCCAUUCUCCGGGCUCCACGAGCUCUACUGCGUAAACUUCUAUUUGGGCAUCGGUCGAGUUGAUCGAUGUACCCAAACUUACAGAAGUGUGGUACCAAGAAUCUGAGGGCCACGGAAUCCCUCUGGUGCGGUUCGGCCACGUUCCGCAGCUUCGCCAUGUGUCCCUCCUUUGUCGUGCCACAGACUCUGGUAGGCGAUUGGCACUGAGCGAGUAUCUACCAGGGACUGCCAGGAAUUUUUCUGAGUUGCAUCUCCAUUUUGCCUGCCAAAUGAUCUGGAUUCAUAUGGAACAUCCGAAACAGCUCACUGCUACAUUCAGAAACCUGACCAAUGUGCGAAAAGUGGCUGCAGAGGCCGAGCUCCACUGAGUUCUAUAUACAUUUCUCAGCCAAAAUACCUUUUCCAUAACUCAAAAAAAUCUGAAAAAAUGUUUUCAUGUAGACAUAUACUUAAAGUAUACGUGUACAAAUUAUCAUAAACAUAUGUAUUCAUAUGUGAUGUAUACAAAAAAGACAAAUACACAGAUUGAAAUAGGCUUUUUCUUUGUUGUAUUUGUGUCAGAUUUUUGUCUUUUUUGUGUAGCACGCAAAUGAUCAAAUUAGUUACUGAAAAUUUAUACAUACUUAAAGAAUAUGCAUAUGUAUUUGUACAAAAAAAAGGCAUUUUUUGAAACUUUUAAAUAUAUUUUGAUUUUUUUUGGUAAAACGGGCUCCUUGGAGCCCGGUCUCUGCGACGCCUCACUCACCAAUGUGGAACUUUUUGGUAUCUUUCCGGAGUAUGAUAUGAGCUGGACCAUUUUUUUCCUUGAAGCUGCACCUGCACUGCAAAAUUUCAGAUUGUCUCGAGAACGGCAUUUGUGUACGGACUGUGCCAUGAAGACCAAUGUAGUGUGGGAGCCAUCCAAGGAUUUUAAGCACCUGAACUUGAAGUUGCUCCGGAUGUCCGGGUUCGAGAACGAAGACAAGGUGACAAACUACAUAAGGCUAGUCAUGGAGCAAACUGUGGAGUUGAAGAGAAUCGAGCUGCAUGGUGAAAACCCAUGCAAGAAAUGCGAUGCCAUUGACCCGAGGUCGAGGAGACCCCUGGUAGAUGAAGCUCGUAGGCGUCGGAUUAAGGAGAAACUUGCACAUGAGUCAUCCUCAUCCGUGGAGAUAAUAAUACUCCCUCCGUUCCAAAAUAAGUGUCUCAACCAUGAUAUAAUUUUGUACGAGACAUUUAUUUUGGGAAAGAGGAGAGGAAGUAGUUGAUGGAUCUGGUCAAGGAAUGCAGCUACCGGAGUGAAAAACUAAAGACUGUAUAACUACUAGGUACUGAUAGCCUGACAAUGUGUGAUUGCUGUGGACCUCAGAGUGUAGCUAAAUUAUGUGUACUGCAGUUUG